AUGGCUAGUCUUACUAAAGCAUCGCAUGAGGCGUUGAGAUCUUUUCUGCCUUGGUUUUCAUCACAUAAAACACAUGAAAAGGACCAUGGGGACCGCCGUCCUUCCCAGGACUCCCAAAGCUCUAAAUCUACCGUCCCUACCAGCCUGGGAACCUCUGACAGCUCGCAAGGUGGAGGAGGAGUAGAUCAAGAUGAAGAGCUCAAACGAAAGAAACGACAAGGAGAUGGCUGGUCAAGUACACUACGCGUCGUUGCAUCUGUCUUUUACGUCGACCCAGAAGAAGUGAUGAUUGACCAGAACACUCCCCUGUCUAGCUCAAGGCCACAAACACCUAGCCGCCAGCUUGCUCGUUCUCCGCGUAAGUCAUUAACAUGGAGUCGUUCCUCACUCGAAAUGAGCAGAAGCUUCAAGAGCGUUCGUUCUUCGAUGAGCGUUCGCCGUGGUAAGGCAUCACCUGUGACGCCGUCCCGCAUUGUCCAGAAGGAGGCACCGACUCUGGACGUUGCUAUUCCUGAUAAUUCGUUUUGUGAAAGAAGUGGAUUUGACUUGGCCGCUGGUGUAUGUGGCUUGAAUGAUCCUCCAACACUCUUUCUGGCACCGUCCUUGGAGAAGAUCGUCGAAAACCAUUGUCGUGGGAAGCAAGCGUCUUCGUCCCAAAAAAGUAGCUUGCCUGCUGCUUUGGCGCUUGAAGAUCCCUAUGUUGAUGAUGCUCCCAAGUCACAGCAGGACACGAUCAAGAGUGGGAUAUCUUGGACGUAUACGCCAAGGCCAAUAGACUUCCCAGGAGAGGACAAUGAGGGUUAUGUUACGGAUGUGGAAAGCAACACACAGGAUCAUCAGUCCAAAGAAUCGUCAGGCUCGACAAGCUUCAUGAUAGGCUACCCUGAGCAAUUUUCUCAGCUGUCGCCUUGUAAAUCACUAGGCAAGCAGAAAUCUUCGUCCCCUGAACCUUUGGAUUUGGGAAAGAACAAACGCUUGCCGGCGCGUUUUCCCUUGCGGAAAAGAUUGAGCAUGAAGAAAAGUCUCAGCCGCCUCCAUACCGUAAUUGCUAGCUCCCUGUCUACAAGUAAGGCAGGCAUCAAUCAUUCACCGUCUGGUGAACAUGACGACAGCACUGAUAUUUCGGAUUUGAGCCCUUUAGCUCCCAGCAUGGGCUCCCGCGAGCAACUCAUUCAGGCUCGGCAAGAAAGAGACAAAAAGUAUACCCAUGCAAUGAUGGACACGACGUCCACGGAAUCGGACGAUGAAUCAAAGCAAGGACUUGAAUUGGCUCGUGCCUCAUGUGCAAAGUCUCAGCAACCCGCGGAACCUGGUCACCUUGAUCAAGCAGAAGUUUUGGUCAAUCGCCCAUUCUUUACCGGAGACCUUCGCUACGCUGUGGAAGCUAUUGAAAGAGCUAAUGCGGAUGAAAUGGAGUCAGUGGACACUUUCCGGGAUUCCUUUGACACCAUCAAGGAGUUUGACGCCAAUAUGAAGAUUAUUCAACCAAGCGUUCCAAGCCCAGCUCCUGCUCCACUGAUGCUUUCUACACGAGACCUGCCCGUUAGCUCUCCUCCGGAUUAUUCCCCGUGUGCUGACGGGAGAUGCUAUUCUGAAGUUCUCGUUUCUCCAAACGCCAGCGACAAAACAUGGUGGCCCGGUAAUGAGAUCUCCCAAGCGCAACUCCUCGAUGACACAAACGAGAACCUUGAACGCCAGUCUGAAGUGGGUUCUCCAUCCUCUGAAGCUGCAGAGAGUACUGGCACAAGCGGGAAGGGUGAUGUUUACGACGAGUCCACCGAAGACGAAAAGAGAUUGUUCGAACUCCUCUCAUACUCUUACAGCAAUUAUAUCUUGGGCCGAGCUGGCUCAAACCUUGGAAGCUUUGCAGACUUUCAGAAUCGCAAGACCGGGGACUCGGAUCCUGCGUUAGGUUCUGAACCUUCGGAAGCUAAAGCAGCAACAGUCAGCGGUGUCCCUCCGAUGGGUGUGGAUGAACCGGCAUUGAAGAUAGCGUCUAAAGCAAGCCAUCAGGGCAGCGAGAUAUCCGAGGACGACUAG